CCGAGGCCACAUUCUGACAGUCAGAGACAGAGAGCAAAGCUCUGCCGCACCCUUUCUCUACCGCGCACAGGUAAACUGCGGACAAACGAACAAAGUCACUCGAAAGUCACAUUUGGAUUGUAAUUUUUGGCCAAAUGUAUGGAUUAAACAAAGACUAAACUCGUGUCUGGAAGCGGAUAUGAAGGGAUAGGCGCUAAAGCAAGACUAAGACCAAAGAGAAGGGACAGCGUCUCAGCCCACACACGACUGGAGGAGAUAGACGUCAAUCAAACUGGACGCCGUCCAUUCCCUCCCACCCCUCAUGGCGAGACCACCCCCAACCCACCAAUAGGGCGAGUCCCAUCCACACGAACCCCCGCCACCACACAUCCGUCCGGACAAUCCAAUUGGUCCCCCUCACUCCACUUAACUCCUGCCCACUCUACGCUCCACCCCAUCCACCCCCUCUGAUUGGUCAAGAUGGACAAGUUGACAGACGAUGUCCCCGGGUGCUACUACAACCGUACAGUGCAGUUCUUCUACGAACAUAGUGGCAAGAACAUCAGCGCCCACUGGCGUCCUCGGGACUACGUGGUGGUGAGCCUGGGCAUGGGUGUGUCUGUCAUCGUCAUCCUGGCCAACAUCCUGGUCAUGGUGGCCAUCUUCAUCAACCGACGAUUCCACUUCCCUAUCUACUAUCUGCUAGGCAACCUGGCGGCAGCAGACCUGUUCUCAGGUAUCGCCUACCUGCACCUGAUGUUCCACACUGGGCCCUGGACCAUCAAGCUGUCCAAGAACCAGUGGUUUGUACGCCAGACCCUGAUCGACUCCAGUCUGACAGCAUCGGUGUUGAACCUCCUGGCCAUCGCCUUGGAGCGCCACCAGACCAUCUUCACCAUGCAGCUCCACAGUAAGAUGACCAACCGCCGCGUGGUGCUGCUCAUCGCCCUUAUCUGGGGCCUAGCCAUCUUCAUGGGCCUGGUUCCCACCAUGGGCUGGCACUGUCUGUGUGACCUGGAAAACUGCUCCACCAUGGCCCCCAUGUACAAACGCUCCUACCUGGUGUUCUGGGCUGUGCUCAACCUGUUCACCUUCUCUCUCAUGGUGGCUGCCUACACCAGGAUCUUUGUGUAUGUCAGACACAAGAGCCAGAGGAUGUCUCAGCACACCAGCCAGAUACGACACAAGGAGACGGUGUUCAACCUGAUGAAGACGGUUUCUAUGAUCCUGGGUUGUUUUGUGAUCUGCUGGACCCCGGGCCUGGUGUUGUUGAUGUUGGAUGGUCUGGGCUGUGAAUCUUGCAAGGUGCUGCGUUAUGAGAAGUACUGUCUGGUCCUGGCUGAGUGUAACUCCCUGGUCAACCCCAUCAUCUACAGCUUCAGAGACACGGACAUGUUACAGACCUUCAAGCGGAUCCUCUGCUGCCUGUGUCGCCGCGGCGACGCCGGCCGCAAAGACACGCUGUCCGGCAUGCGCUGCAACACCCUGGAGCAAGAGCCGUAUGAGAAUGGUGAUGCGGAGCUGGUGGAGAAGACCAGGGGAGCUCCUCUCAUCCUGAAGGGAACAGAGGACAUGAUGACGUGCACAGAGAGCUGACACGAGCAUGCGCGCGCACACACACACAAACACACACACACAGAGUGUGUGAUUAUUUGGGGGGGGAGUUUCUGAUUCAUGCUAAAUGUUUUUAUUGUAUAAUGUGAUGUUUAGUUGUAUUGAUGUAAAAUGUUGUUUGUAUGAUACUGUAUGUUACAGAAAACAUGACUACAGUUACCUACAGGCACGGACGUUUCUGUUUGAAACAACUUUAUUGACAUUGUCCCAUAUACACUCCUCAGAUAUGUGUUGACAUGUGGUCUACCUGAGCAGCCAGCUCAGUAGAAAAGUCAUCAUUACAAUCAGAACUGAAUAUUUAUGACUUUUUAUUUUUAAAUCGACAUUUUAUUUAUGCAUUUUUUGUUGUUGAUCUUACGAGAAUAGUCUGCGCUGAGUGUAUAUAGUGAGGGGAGAGGUGUGUGAGCAGGAGUUGGAGAGGUGUGUGUGUGUACUGCAUAACAUGUUAGGUGAGUUUUAAGAAAGGGGGGUAUUUGUAAAGACAUUUUACUGUUAUUAAAUGUAUUGUUAGGUUCUGAACGGAGUAAAAACUCAAACGGACGACUAGUAAAACCUCAGAGUUUAUUCACCGCCCUGAAAGCCUCGGCUGCAAGCACAUUUCACACAUGAUCAAACAGGCAUUUAUACAUCAGGGUGUAUCUUCUCUGAACUGCCUUCUGUUGCCCAAUACUGCCUACAUGUUGCGUCGUUGUCUUGGCCUUCCAGCCGUCUGCCAGCCGUCCCUCUUAUCUGUCUCGCUGUCUAGAGAAUGAAGGAAUAGACUAUAGGCCAGUCUGUAUUGUAGACUGAUGUGUUCUGGUUGUUUCUGUGACCUCACAAUCAGUUUCAUGGUCAGAAAUGAUGGAAACUGCUUCUAUUAAAGAACCUACAACA